AUGCCAUCCUAUGUGAUUACGGGAGCCUCAAGAGGCAUUGGUUGGGAAUUUAUUCGCCAGCUCUCCAGCGACCCAAACAAUGUCGUUAUCGGCCUUGUUAGGGACCAAGCCGCUACUGAGAAAAGAGUAUCCAAAGACCUGUCCGGCAGAUCCAAUCUCCAUAUCUUGAAGGGAGACCUUGUCGACUAUUCGUCGCUGCAGGCUGCUUCUCAAGACACGGCUAGAAUCACUGGCGGAGGACUGGACUAUUUGAUCGCUAAUGGAGGCCUCAUGUCACAGUUUGACAGUUACGACCCCAUCGGAGUUUUAGGCCAGCAGCCCGAAGCACUUGAAGAAAAUCUGCUAGAUUACUUCAAAACCAACGUCGUCGGCAACAUCCACCUCUUCAAUCUAUUCACCCCUCUGAUUCUCAAGGGCGAUGCCAAAAAGGUCAUCGCUAUAUCCAGCGGCCAUGCCGACCUGGACCUUGUCGCAAAGCACAACAUUGAUCUAGUCGCCCCGUACACGAUCAGCAAGGUAGGUCUGAAUGCGGCAGUGGCCAAGUUCAGCGCGCAGUAUGCGAAGGAUGGGGUGUUGUUCAUGAGUAUUUGCCCCGGGAUGGUGGACACGGGACAUCUCUCUCAGGGAACCGAAGAGCAAAAGCUAGCGCUGGCGAGAAUGCUCACAUCCUUCCAAGCUUACGCACCUAAUUUCGAGGGUCCCAUUACCCCCGAAGAAUCCGUUAAGGACGUUCUGUCUGUGAUCAACAAUGCUAGUGUCAAGCGGGGAUACGGCGGAUCCUUUACCUCUCACUUCGGAAACAAACAGUGGAUUUAG